UGAAUAAUUAUUGUUUAUCGCAUAAGUAUUUGAAUUAAAUGGUUUAAUUGAAGAAAAAAAAGUAAUAAAAAAUUUAACUGAACAUGUAGGCACUCGGAUAGAUAAACGUUUAAAGUAAAUCAAAUUUAAAAGACACAUACCAAUUGAUAAUUAUUACUCAAAACAGUAAAAACGCAAGUUUUCUUCGGAGAGAUUAUAGCAUCAUCGCAGUCAUAGUAAUAGCAUGUAGGUGUUCAUUCUCAAAACUGAUUGGAAUAUUGGAUUAAAAAAUUAGUGGCUACUACUGACAGUUUGCGAAUAAUUAGAUUAGACACGACACUACGCGUAAAUCAUAAUAACUGGGUUAAUCUCGAGCAAGUUCAAUUUUCAAGUAGAUGUUAUUCGAAAAUGUCACCAACCUUUGACCGUUUGCUGAGUGUACGUUGUAUUAUUGAAGCGUAUGCGCGUUCACAGCCUCAUCGUUAUGGCAUAGAUUUCCAUAUGUUGUCUGACGUUAUACGGCAUUAUGCACGGCACGCACAGUUUAAAUGUCACUUAAUAAAAAGAAAAAACUAACAAACAAUAGGUACACGUACAUCGGAUUUCGGGCGAUCCGACAGUUGUUGAGGUGGUUCGGUCGCAGGCGACCGCAGUGGCGUCUGGAACAUAACAAAAUGUUGCAGAUAACAGUGUGCAGAAACCAGAACUCUUCUCGACUUACUCUCGACGGAUGAGAUAUAAAAUAAUAACAAUAAUAAUACAAUUGGUGUGCACAUGGAAAUACGAUCGAGACUGUCGUCACGGCGGUAGUGAACCGAUUAUUACUGGCGCGUUCGUUAUUCGAUGACAAAAAUUGCAAAAAAAAAAAAUUUAAAAAAGAAAAAAAAAAGGUAUAAUAAAAUUUAUGAAAAAAAACAAAUAAUUUCAAUAGGAACUGGACUGGUGCUGCUGCUGCUGCUGCUGCGGCGGCGGCGGCGGCGGCGGUGUGGUAAUGGCAUUUCACCUCGUUCGUAAAGAGGUACCUGCGUUACCUGUCCUAGUGUAUGCGUAUCAUUCACCUGUAAUUAACUUUUUUUUGUUUACACCUAUCGGCGUACAGUGCUCGCGGUUCCGAUGGUUCGAAAUAUUCGACGGAACGGCAAAUAAUGAACCGCCAAAUGCGUUUAUUGGUUUGAACUGCGAAUAUUACCAUCGUGACGAACCGCGCAAUAACAAAAUCUUCGGUCGUGAGGUACGAUCGAAGUCUCGUUAAACCGUGUUCUCCAAUUUCUUUUCAGCCAACCAUCACCCCGGUUACGGUUUAUCGAUUCUCGGGUUCGUUCGUUGUUGUUGUGUUCACUGCUUGUUAUCACUUAAAUUCGUCGGCUGUUUAAUAACAAACGGAUAACCCGUCGAACGAACGGAAAAUGUGAUUACAAACGUGUAUAUUUUUCAAUUUUUUUUUCGUUUGUCUAGAAAAGUCAUUUCGAACUUCUAAAUGCUAAUUGUUUUAUUAUUUCCCGUUCGGUAGUAAUGCGGUGGGUGUCGUCUCUGCCGAUAAACGUUUCUUUAUACUUCAUCGAUACCCUUCGAUUAUAAUGGCCAGCCGAUGCGUAUACGUUUUUAUCAGACUGCUGAUGAAGAUUGGACAAUUUUUUUAAAAAAAAAACGAUGUAAGCGAUGAUCAUAAUAUAAUUUUUAACCACACUUUUUGGACGUCAUCGUUGAAUACAUUAAACAUAUUAAAUAUUGAUCAUUAUCAUAGGUAUACCAUAUAUCUAAAGAAGUCGACUACUAUACCUUUUUACCCCGUCUAUGGUAGAUUGCAAUAAUUUAUAAAUUGUUAUGAUUCUAAAAUUAAUGUAAUCAUAAUAUGACGAAUGAUUGUGCAAAUAAUGAAUUAUUCGAAUAAGUUGAAAAUUAUUUUUAGUGCGUUCGAGUGAUAAGACGCGUUCGAUAAGACGAUGGAAGUUUAUUGUUAUAAUGUUACCAGAAUAAAAAAAUGCAAUUAACAAGUUAUUUUUACAGUAAUAAUCAAUACUUAGUAUAUUUAAAAUGUGGAAAAUAAAUUAUAAUAUUUAAACUGUGUUAAAUUUUAUAUUUUUAGGUGUACCUGUAAAAAUUGAGGUCAGCCAAGGAUAAACAAGAUCUAAAUAAAAAGUACCACAGAGUUUUAAAGAAUCCAAACUUGGACAUUAUAAAAAGCCGCUAUACUUUGCAUUAUAGGUAGGCUACUAUAGUUGUAAGUAUUUUAGGAUAUAGGGUUUAGUUAAUUUCAAAGUUAACUAUUUAGUUUAUACAUAUUUAUUAAAUAUAAUACUAGGGAUCUAUUUAAGUGGAUACACUCAUUAUCUUGGAGAGUAUAAACUUUAUCAGAAAUUUGUUUUCUAAAACAUUUAAGAAACAAGCUGUUUUACAAUUGUAUAUUUGUGUUAUUUUUGUGGGUAAAACCACUACCUACUUUUGAUUUUCAAAUGAUACCCUAUAUUAAAAACUCCAUAAAUAGAUGGAGUAUUAGUUAAAAUAAAUUUUAAUGUUGACAUUUUUGAUUUUUGGCAAGCUAUUGAUGAGAUAUUCCACUUUUAAAUUUGCAUUGGAGAAUAGUAGUGGAGUAUCAAUUGAGCAGCAUGUUAAUAAUGCACCACUAUUCUCCUUCAACCCAAAGUUAAAAGUGAAAUAUCUAAGGUGACAAAAUAUAACAUAAAUAUAAAAUUGUAAAGCAGCUUGUUCUUAAGUGUUCUAAAAAAUAAAUUCCGAAAAAAAGUUAAUACUCUGAAAUAAUGAGUGUAUCCACUUAAAUUGAUCACCUGGUGUGCUUAAAUUAAUCAUAAAUAAAUCAACACUAUACAACACAAUUUGGUUAACUGGUUGUUAUGACAACUAUUGUUUUUGUUAAAAACUCAAACCAAAAUUUAUUUGGUUUUACAAAUUAGGAAAAGUACCAGAAAUUUAAAAAGAAAUUCUAAAUAAAAUAUUAUCACACUGAAAAUCAGCAUUUAUUAAGGUACCAAGCUAAAACUAAAAAAUAAAAAAAAAAAAAUAGUAAGAAAAAUGACUUUUAAUAAAAACCAGUUAAAUUGAUAAAUUAAAAAUUAUCCAUCUCAAAUUGUAUUGCUUUAGGUUAUUCACUAAAAUUAUUUUUACACUUUAGGAAUCAAAUACAAUAAUAUUAUAAGUACAACUUACUAGCAUUAUCUCACAGGGUAUCCUGUGAAUUGAUUGUAGCUGCAAAUUGGCCGUUGAUCAUUCAUCGCUAAAAAACAAUUAUUUUACAUUAGUUUAUAAUUUUGUAUAAACUUUUCUCUGGUUUAAAGUACACAAUUAUUAUUAUUAAUAAAAUUAUAUAAAUUAAUUAAAUAAAAUAUUAAAUUGUUUGGUUUUUAAUUAAUUUGCAAGUCAAGAAAAUUUGGUCAGAAAAAUUAUUAUAAUAAUAUAAUAUGUAAAUAAAUAUUUAAUCAAAAUAUGAAAUUUAUAAAAAAAAAUUAUUUAAUGUUGAAGUUGAAAGUCUUUGGGGUAUUCCUUUUAAAAAAUCCAUCUAGAAUGCUUUACAAACUAUUUAUACAUUUAAAUUGUAUAUUAAUAUAAUUAAUUUAAUUUAGCAUAAUAAUAACAGUUCAACCCUCAUUUCAACCUAAACAACAUAAUACCUAUUAGAACAUCAAUGUUCUAAAUGACAUAAUUUUGUCAUGCUGUAUUAAUUAGACUAAGAUAGUAGAUGUAAGUUUAGCAUCCUCUUAAUUUUAUAAUUUAUGUUUUUCUUAUUGUUAGAUUUACCAAUAUUGAUUGCCGAAAUGAAAACAAUUUGUAAUGCUAUUUUUUAAAUAUAUAUAUAUAUUAGAAUACCAGUUAAUUAUAUAGAAAGACAAUUUUUGACAAAUUUUGAAGAGCCUCGGCAAGAAAUUUGUUCCAAUACAUCUAUUAUUAGUGUCUGUAAAGUUUGAGCUUGAUCGAACAUAAUAAAUACGUGGCAACUUAAUCUCUAAGUUUUACGAAAAAAGUAAAUGUCACGGUUUGAUGCCUGAUUACUUAAAAUUUUAUUUUACAAAAAAUUGUAUAGAAUCAUUAUUGUAGUUUAAAUUAUUUCCUAAAAAAUGUAUUUUUAUAUUUGUUCGUAGAAUUAACCCUUAACCGUGAAAUAAAAUUAUUGUAAAUUCUUUUUAAUUUAUCUUUUAUAUGUGAGUAUCUCUAAUAGGAAUUAUUACCUUUUUCCUAAAUACUAUACACUCAUCAACAACAAGAAGGGCGCUUUCAAUUAAAAUUUAAUUUUAGAGAUCUUCAUAUUAAAAAAUUAAACUUGUAAACAGUCACCAAUUGACGUUAAUUUUGAACCAGUUAUUUGAUGUUUCAUAUUACUAAGAAGAAAAAUUUGUUCACAAUUAAGUAUUUUUAAAAAUAUAUUUAGAUAAUAUGGUAUAUAUUAAAUAUGUAAAUAAAUGUACUUUUCUAAAAAAUAAAGAGAACACUCAAUAUUCUUGAUAGACGUACGUUUACAAAGUAAAAUGAUACUAGGUACUCUGUCGAUUUUAAGUUGCGUAUAGUUCAAAUAUAAAGUAACCCAACUAUUAUCAUUGUUUAAAUAUAUAAUGAUUUAUUAAUUAAUUUGAACUACAAUAAUGAUUCUAUAAAAUUUUAAGUAGUUAAGCUACAAACUAUGACAUUUUAUGUUUUUUAGUAAAACUUUAAGUCGCCACAUGUUAAAUAUGUACGGUAACCUAAUGAGAAAAGUGGAAUGUUUUGGAAAAAUAGUGAAAAAAUUUAUGGAGUUUAAUGGAAAAAUUGUUUCUAGGAAAAGAAAUAAUUCUUAGUAAAUCAAAUAACUUCUUUGUUAUACCCAGAAUCUUAAAAAAAAAAUAUUUGUGUUCUAUUAAGAUUUAUUGAAUAAUUAAAUUAUUUCAUUGUUAGUAUAAUACAAUGAUGUAAGAAUAAUAUAUAUAUAUAUAUAUAUUUUUUUUUCAAUUUUAGAAUUAUGGAAGUACUUGGUGAUGAAAUUGAAUUGCUCACAUCUUUUGAAGAAAGGAUAUUAGCCAAGGAAAAUAUAGAGCUCAUAAUAGCAGAUGAUAAUGAUGUCCAACAGGAGUUCCUAGACAAUAAUUCUAUGGUUUUUCGUAACAUAUAUAAGUGCCUUCGUUGUGAACUUACAUUUGAAAAUGAAAACCAAUUGCAUAAUUGUGUGCCAUUACCUUUGAAUGUGAACAAACAAAAGAAACUGAAACGAGUAUUCAAGUGUACACUAUGUGAUAAACAUUAUCUGUUUCCCUCGCUAGCUACACUACAUCUAAAACGCCAUGAGAAAUAUAUGCAUAGUAAAUUAGUAAAUAAUUGCUAUAUUUGCAAUUCCAAAUUUCAGACUGCAAAAGAACUAAAAGACCAUUUUGAACAUGUACACAAUAUUAUUCAAUAUCAAUGUAAUAUUUGUGACAAGCUAUUCAAACAACCCAGGAAUUUACAAUAUCAUAUUAUGAGUCAUUCUGGAUACAAACCAUAUAAAUGUGAAUUGUGUGGACAUAAGUUUACUAGAGGUGAUCAUUUAGCUAGACACCAGAGAGACAACUGUGACCAAAUGGAAUUUGAAUGUGAUUUAUGUGAAAAAAUAUAUAAUACCAAAAGAGGUAGUGUAUUAUUAAUGACCACUGUUUUUGCUAAAUGUAAGUUUUAUGUAGUUAUAUGACAAUAAUAUUGUUUUUAGGUAUAAGAACACAUUUAAAAGUGCAUUACGAUAGUCCAAAACCAGGUACCAUAUUGGCGUUGUAUACAGAAUCCGGAGAAAAAUAUUAUGAAUGCACAUUGUGUAGUAAAACAUUUACUCAAUUUUCUAGAUUUAAAGAACACAUACGAACACAUACUGGCGAGAAACCUUUUGAAUGUCAAAUAUGUAACAAAAAAUUUACUUGCCAUUAUAAACUUAAAAUGCAUGGUGAUGUGCAUAAAGAAGAAAGACCGUUUAAAUGCAGUUAUUGUGACCUACAUUUCAAGAAUAAAAGAUACCUUAGCAAGCACAUGCGAAAACAUGACAACAACAAAUGGUACCAAUGCCAAAUCUGCAAUAAAGGGUUUCAGUGGUACAACAGUCUCAAAUAUCACGUGGCCUCUCACAAAGGUGAAAAACCGUAUGUGUGCGUUGAAUGCAACAAGUCAUAUGCACAUCUCAGUACCCUGGUAGCUCAUCAACGCACUCACAGUGGUCAAAGCAAUCACGUUUGCCAUAUUUGCAAUAAAAAGUUUUCUCUAUCUAGUUCAUUGAAAAAUCAUCUUAUUACUCAUAGCGUUGAAAAACCAUUUAAAUGUCAUCUAUGUCCGGCUCAGGUACAUUGUGUUUCUAAUGAUAUUAUAAAAAUCCUUUAAUAUUUUUGUUUUAACAGGCUACUACAUGUGCUUCAUUAAAAUCGCACUUGAAUACACAUGGCGGAGACUAUCAAUGUAGUUUUUGUGGAGGUACUUUUAACCAAUUAUGCAAUUUAAGGUGGCAUGAAAGAAAGAUACACAGGAAAACUGAUUUCUACGACUGCGAAUUUUGUGAGAUGAAAUUUGGUUCAAAAUUGCAAUUAAAAAACCAUUUAAAACUUAAACAUAAAAUACAGAUUACAAAAAAUAUCACUGAUCAUAAUCAUAGUAUUGUGCACCAAGUAUUUUAGUAAUAUUAUUUUUUUUUUAGAUUUAGUAACUUAUUAUAAAAUAUCAAUAAUAUGAUUAGUCUUUUGAAAAUAUAUAUUUUAUAGGUAUAAAAUAUAUUAUCUUUGAUUAACACUUGAUUUUCCAACAUUUUUAUUUAAAGAUGUACUAAAAUUAAAUUAAUUUAGUUUAUUUCAAUCAACUUGAAUUAAUAAAGUUCAAUUUUGAAUACUGUUAGUAUACUGAUUUUUAUAAAAUUAUUAGAAAAAAAUUAAAUUUGCCAUUACAAAAAGGUAUAACCAAUAUUAUAUAAAAAAAAAUAUAUGUAUACCUUUGCAAUAUAAAAAAUAAUGAUAGUAUUGGGCAUUAUAAAUAUUUAAUAAUUUCAUGCAAUUUGUUUUUAUUUUAGAAAAUUGAAUUCAAAUAUUUACAAAUAAUAGUUAGUUAUCUAAGUACUACCUAUGUUAAUAUUUAUUUUACAUUAAUAUUUUUACCAGUGUUACAAAAUGCAUUAAUUCAAC